GAGGCAUCAGUGGAUUGAGAGAACCGAAGACACGUUGUUCACACAAGCCGCGAUGGAGGAGCAGCGGGACGUGAACAGCUCGGACAGCAGCGAGGCGGAGAGCGUCUCCCCACCUCCCAGCCUGCCCUCGCCGCCUAUGCUGCCGCUGCAGGCCGCCCAGCAGGCCCACAGAACCACCAACUUUUUCAUCGACAACAUUUUGCGGCCCGACUUCGGCUGCAAGAAGGAGCUCGGCCUGGGCCCUCGGGACCGGGCGCAGACCUCAGGCCGGGACCGCGUCCACCCCGCAGUCAGCAGGCCGAGCCUCCCCGGGACGCCGUGCCACGACUCCAACUGCAGCAGCGACAGCACGUCGUCGUCCGCCUCCGGCGCCUCUUUGGCGAGUCCCAAGAAGAGUCGCGGCGGCGGGGGGAGCGCGGCCGCCUCCACGGAGGGCAGCGGCGUGAAAGCUGAAGAGAGGACCGGCGGCGGCGGGGCCGCGGAGAACACGUCCCCCUCUCUGGUGGUGCUGAACGGGACCGGAGCGUCCACACCGGAGAGCCAGCCCUUGCUGUGGCCGGCCUGGGUCUACUGCACCCGGUACUCGGACAGGCCCUCAUCUGGCCCAAGGACACGGAAACUGAAAAAGUCGAAAAGCGGCAAAGAGGACAAGCGGCCACGCACGGCCUUCACCGCGGAGCAGCUGCAGCGGCUGAAGACCGAGUUCACGGUGAACCGCUACAUCACGGAGCAGCGGCGGCAGGCCCUGGCCCAGGAGCUCAGCCUCAACGAGUCCCAGAUCAAGAUCUGGUUCCAGAACAAAAGGGCCAAGAUCAAGAAGGCCAGCGGCUUCAAGAACGGGCUCGCGCUGCAGCUGAUGGCGCAGGGACUGUACAACCACUCCACCACCACCAUCCACCAGGAGGACAAGGAGGAGGAG